GAUGUUGCAUUUGUUGAAGUUACGAGUAUGUUUGUUUUAUUGUUUGCAUCAUGUGUGCAGCGGGUUGUUAAACUCGAGUUUAGAAGGUCGAAUAGUCAAGGGAUAUAAAGUUGAAAUAGACCAAUAUCCGCAUUCUGUUUUUUUGCAUUUUCUAAAGGACAUUCCUACAGCUUGUGGCUCUUCUCUUGUCAUGGAUCGAGCUGUGAUAACUGCAGCUCAUUGUUUGAACGAAUUGAAAUACCGCAACGGCCGUAUUACGGCCUUCAUGGGAUCGACCAUACCUUUACAUGCUAAACUAGUCAGGCGUGUCGUUGAUUACCGUAUCCAUCCUCACUAUAAUGCAAAGAAAGGAAGGUACAAUUUAGGUAUUGCGUUCUUUAAUAACCGAGUAACACUAAAUCAUUUUGUUAAAAAGGUACCGAUUGCAAUUAUAGCUCCUAAGCCUGGUGAUGGACUAUUUACUAGCGGCUGGGGUAAGCAAAUACUAAAGAAACUUCCAGAUUACAGCGACCUACGACAUCUGAAAGUAUCAAAACAAAUGUUGAUAACGGACCGAGAGUGUGAACACUACACUAAUUUCAGAAUGUCUUCAGCGUACUUUUGUACCGUCUCUAUUAAUGGCUAUCAUUAUCAUGGAGAUUCUGGAAAUGGUUUGAUAACAAAGAAUCAUUUCUUGGUCGGCGUAGUGUCGUACAUGAUCAAUGAUGCUACUAUUUAUACUAACGUUAUUAGAGAACGCCAUUGGAUCAAAGAAUCAAUCCUGUCAUUAUUUCAAAAUUGCUAAUCCUAAAACCUGCAUUCGGUCAGGUUAUGAUAUUAUGCGGUUAAUGUUAUUAAAAUUCAUUGUUUCAAUUUUUAUUUCAAUACUCAUUCACUCAAACAAAAACUGAAAAGCGAUAAAUAUACUAUGAGAUAUGUUUAUUAGUUACCUAUUGCUAGUUUUAAUUUAAAACUAAAUUUGGAAAUACUGCAACGCAAAUGUAUGUAUAGAAAAGAAAUCAAUAAAAAAAUAACAUAUUGUGUUGUAUGAACAUUUUA